AUGCCUGGCAAGAUUUGCUCCCCUUAUGACACGAGUUUCUUCGAAAACUCGUUGUCUCUACGAGUGGAUGGUGCUAUUGGAGCGAUGUCUUUAUCUCCCUGUAGCAGGGAUGCUGUUUUGGCAGGACGAAACGGUUUAGUUGUUAUAGAUUUAGAUGACCCAUUUGCACAACCAAGACAUUUGCAUCACGUUACUUCCUGGGAAGUAGCUGAUGUUCAAUGGUCCCCGCAUCGUUCACGGGCAGAAUGGGCAGUUUCCACUUCAAAUCAAAAGGCACUGGUAUGGAACCUCAGUCGGCCUUCCUCGGAUGCAAUUGAACAUGUAUUGCAUUUACACACAAGAGCCAUCACAGAUAUCAACUUUCACCCCCAAGAUCCUAAUGUCCUUUCAACUUGUUCAGUUGAUACCUUUUGCUUUUCCUGGGACCUUAGAACACCGAGGUUACCAGUUGGAAAGUACACUGAUUGGAGAGCUGCUGCAUCCCAGGUGAAAUGGAACUAUAGAGAUCCUAACAUUCUUGCUAGUGCUCACAAUAACCAUUUUUACAUUUGGGAUGUUAGGAAAGGUGCUGUCCCUUUGAUGAAAGUUGAUGCACAUGAUGGAAGAAUUAAUGGACUUGAUUUCAGUAAGCAUAAUCGCUCCGAACUCAUCUCUUGCUCUAAUGAUAUGUCAGUGAAAGUUUGGGAUUACGAGAAGGAUAGCUUAAAUUUUCAGUCUUGUAUUAGAACAGACUUCCCGGUUAGUAGGGCUAGACACAUUCCGUUUGCCAAAGAUUGCGUUGGAAUUAUGCCAGCUAGAGGUGGCAAUAAUUGCAUAUACAUAUCCAAUUUUAGAGACGAAGAACAAUUGGAUGAAGAGAAAACCACGAAACUCAAACCAUUAUAUGUCUUUAAGGGACAUUCGGAACCAGUCAGAGAUUUCCUUUGGAGGACUAGAUACCAGGAAAACGACAAGAACAUCGAUAAUAGAGAGUUUCAACUUGUUUCAUGGUCCAAAGACUGUGAUUUAAAACUAUGGCCCAUUACUGAUGACUUAUAUACAAAAUUCGGCCAUGAAAGAAAUAAGCCAUUACCAGCAGGAACGGUUCUUGAAAAGUACACGUACCAGACUUUUAGGGAAGAGCCUGAAUCUCCCUCCACAAAGUUCAACGUGGAUUUGCAAUCACCCUGGUUGAAUGCUACUAUAUUGAGAAGAAGGAAGAAAAAUAAAAUCAUAAACGGUAACGCUGAGUAUGAUGGUCAGCAACAGGAACAUUUGAACUGGAUUUCGGGUGUUAGAAUCGGCAAACCUUCUAUCAACCCCAGUAAUGAUGAAGCCGAUAAAGAAGCAAUUGCUGACACGAAUUUAUUCUUUGGAGCCGAUACCGCUCAGCCGUACAACCUAGGUGAAGAAGUUAGCAUUGUAGGACACAAAUUUCCAAAUGUCCGAUUUGAGAAAAUUUCAGUUUCUACAGGAGAACUGAUUGUCUCGUUAUAUGGACCUUGGGGCGAUCCAGUUGAAGGCGACGAUGACUAUGACAGUGAUCUUAUUUAUUUGAGAUUGGACUUAUUUUUUCCUGAAGAGUAUCCCUCACAGCCAAGUUCAAGUAAUAGGAACUUCAGAUUUUCAUUAGAGGAGAACCACAACCUUAACCCUGAGAAGAAAAAAGCAAUAAUAGAGGGAUUAAAUGAAAUUUCGACUAAAUAUAUGGCACACAAUAGGUGUUUCUUAGAGCCUUACUUAAGGUUUCUUAUGGGAGAAAAGGUCGAUCUCGACCUCGAAGAAGAUUUAUUACCUUUAGAUCCUUUCGACAUUCCUUAUGACUCCGAUAAUGAUGGGGAUGAUCAUUUGACUAGGCCUCAAACUCUGAGUGACUCCGAGGAAGAAGAAGAAGACGAUGAUUUAGUGCCCAUGAAGUCCUCCGUAGAUGCCAUUCCGAUAAGAAGUACCCCAGGGUUCGACAGCACACCGAUCCCUAAAGGAUGUGGAGCGGUUUGGACUUCAAGUGGUCAUUUGGUGUGUUUCUUUUUACCAAAACAGGACAAGGCAAAGAAUAUAUUGAUGGACUUUGACCACCAAGGGUUUGGAAUUGCGUCAGGAAGAAAUGACGAAAAUUUUGAACAACAGAACGAUGAUGUUGAAUCCAAUGCUUCAGAGGACAGUUUUACAAAAGAUUGGAACGAUAUUAUACAGGGAGAUAUCAAAGAGCCUGGAUUAUUUGGAAACUUCAAAGGUGGCGUUUCUGGAGCGCAACUAGGGCCGAGUAAAUCUGUAACAGAGAAAUCAAUAGAAGACCAAAAUUUUAAGAGUGGGAAACAUAACAAGAACUUGGUAAGAAUCUAUGAUUUCAGACAUUUGAUACCUGCAAAAAUGGAGCUAGCCUUCGAGUACAGGCUUCUCGGGGAGACCCCGGACCGGCUGGCCAAAUAUAACGCCGAGAUUGCUGAAAAGCAUGGCUACAAGGAGCUGGCAGACUGUUGGAAUUUGUUAUCAGUAGUACUGGUGACUGACGUGGAGAUUGAGCGCUACGACAAUGACCAAAUUGAUGGCUUAGACAUAUACCACCUCGGAACUCUUAGUAAGAUGAAUCACAAAUUCUUUUGGGGAGCACAUCCUUUUGGAAGAAGAGUGCUAGUGAAAAGGAUAAUAGACUACUAUGAAAAACUUCAGAAUGUUCAAAUGUUGGCCAUGUUAUCCUGUAUUUUAACAGAAAACUAUGAAGACUCCAAUAAUCCAAACACCGUUGCAGUGAGUAAAAGACUGGAGGGAAAAAUUGACGAAAGACCCAGCAUGGUGUUCAACGGCACGAACUUCAGCAACUCAGCUGCGGAAUUGGGGAGAAAUAGAAUCGAGUCAAUAUCCAGUACCAUGUCAACUUUUGAUGGGGUAAGCCUUAGAUCAGGAAAUUCUUUUGAGAAAACAGCUGGCAGCUCACAGAAGAGAGGUAUUCACUAUGGGAACAACUCUAGUAACAUGCCUCUACAAAUGGCGCUGGAAAACAAAUCGUCAAGUCAAACCAGGAGUUUAAUUCAAAAACCCAGUAAUCCAGCAUUGCCAGUGGUUAGGCUUGAAAUGGUCAACCAUCCGAAUAUGGACUUAUAUGAAGACGUGUAUUAUAUGCCAUUAUUAGACUCCAGUGAAUCAAAAUUCAAAAAAUAUAGGGAUGAGUAUGCAUCAUUACUGUUUGCUUGGGGAUUGCCCGUAAAUUCAAUCAAAAUGCUUAAAUUUAACUAUCCCAGAAAAGAGAACGAAUGCAGCCCCGAAGAUUCCAAUUUCAAUGCUGAGUUUAAAGGAAAGUAUAAGACAGUGGUGGAAAAGGACGCCUUGUACAAAAAGAUGAGGAAGUUAUCGCUCAAGUCAUCUCAAGAUGAUCCCCAGUUGGAACGUGAUCGAGUCUUUUUCAACUCAUUCAAGUACGCAUUGAGUCUUCGGCAGAGAAUGUGCCAUUAUUGUUGCACAGCAGCAAAGAGAAGGGUAUUCGUAUGUCAGAAAUGUCAGCAUAUAUUGCAUGCUAGCUGUGCUGUUCAAUGGUGGGAACAGGAUCAUCAAACGAUGUGUCCUUCGGGUUGUGGAUGUGAAUGUCUGGUACAUCACAGCGAGUAA